GCAAAAAUACUGACAAUCAGAUGGGGGCAUAAACUUUUUCACAGGACUGAAUUAAUGUUUUUCUAAGGUCGCUUCCAUAGUCCAAGCUUCUGGACAGUUUUCUGUUUAUUUGUCCUGCCUUUUAAUUGUAUUUUUAAGAGGAGGCACACAUCUUCUCGAAUGGAAUGAGAAAAUCUUAACAUAUUUCCUCUUGCGUCAGUGCCAGGGUCAAAUCGCUCUCCAGGAGCUUGAUGUUACAUAAUGUGAUGUUCAGGCAUUCAUCAGAAGAUAUCAUGUACCAGCCAAGAUCUCACUCGGUGAUGUAAACUCUGAGUGAAUACUGGAGCCAAUCAGAAGACAUAUCUCCCAAGGGCAAUCUUAUGUGGGAGGGGAGGUAUAGUACCCUCUUGUGACCCAACUGGGCAAUGAAGGGCUCAAAGGAGCAAUGGCCACCAUGCAAUCCUAUCUUGCAGAUGACCUGUCGUGCCCCAUCUGUGGAAAUAUCCUGCAAAAGCCCGUAGUGCUGUUUUGCAGACAUCGCUUUUGCAAACUUUGCCUUGAGAACCUGUGGAAUGGAGGAGGAUCUUGCGAAUGCCCGCUUUGCUGUCAGCCAUCCUCUAUGGGGGAGCUCAUAGUCAACACCAUGCUUGAGAAGACCUGUGAGGGCUUUCUGGAGCGCUGCAAAAACAACCCUCUUGCAUGCAAGGAGCAUGGAGAGACCUUGACGCUUUUUUGUUUGGAGGAUCUGGAACCCACUUGUUGCAAAUGCAAGUCGUCAGCCAACCACCAUGGUCACAGGUUAUAUCCCUUAAAUGAAGCUUCACACGACUGUAAGGAAGAACUCAAAAAUGCUUUGAAACCACUUCAGGAAAAGCUGAAGCUCUUCCGAAAAGCAAAACUCACUUGUGAGGAAACAAUAGAGCAUAUUAAGAGUCAGGCCGAGAACACAGAGAAGAAGAUAGGAGAGGAGUUUGAGGCGCUGCACCAGUUUCUGCGAGACGAGGAAGCAUCCAGGCUUUCCAUGCUCAAGCAAGAGAAGGAUCAGAAGAGGCAGAUGAUGAAUGAUAAGAUUGAAGAUCUGGAGAAUGACAUCACUUCACUUAGCAACACUAUAAGAAUCAUUGAACAGGAGAUGAGAUCUCAGGAUAUACCAUUCCUCAAGAAUUAUAAGGACACUAUAAAGAGAACCUGGCGGGUUCCCCAGGAUCCAGAGAUGAUAAGAGGUUCACUGCUUGAUAUUGCCAAACACCUGGGCUCAUUAAAGUUUAAAGUAUGGGAGAGAAUGAAGGAAAUCAUUCAAUAUACUCCAGUGACCCUUGAUCCGAACACCGCGGCAAGCUGCUUCCUCCUGUCAGAGGAUCUGACCACAUUACAGUGCUGUUCCCAGACGUUUAAACUCCCAGAAAACCCUGAGCGUUUCAAUGUUGGCGCAGAGGUGCUGGCCUAUGAGGGCUUCAGCUCGGGACGAUACAGCUGGGACGUGGAGGUCAAAAACAACACCUACUGGGUCAUUGGAGUUGCAAGCGCAUCCAUCAGCCGAAAGGGAAAGCACGUGCUGACCCCCGCAGAGGGAUUCUGGACCAUUAGGCUACGAAACGGAGAGUAUAAAGCCUGUACUGCCCCAUGGUCCCCUCUCACUAUGACUCAGGAGCCGCAGGUGGUGAGAGUGGUUCUGGACAUGAACAGGUCCAGGGUGACUUUCUACGACCCACGAGAGAGGACGCCAUUAUUCACCUACAUGGACAUCAUCACUCCGAGAGCGUUCCCAUACUUCUGCAGUGCCUGUAAGGAGCACCCACUGAAAGUGUUGCCAGCGUGGAUCUCUAUUAAGACAGACUGAUGUGAAGAAGGUCCCUCUCAG